AUGAGCGUGGGGUUUAUCGGCGCCGGGCAGCUCGCCUUUGCCCUGGCCAGGGGCUUCACGGCGGCAGGGAUCUUGGCCGCGCACAAGAUCACGGCGAGCUCCCCGGACACCGACCUGCCCACCGUGAGUGGCCUGCGGAAAAUGGGCGUGAACUUCACGGUGAGCAACAAGGACACGGUGAAGAGCAGCGAUGUCCUCUUCCUGGCCGUGAAGCCCCCCAUCAUCCCCUUCAUUCUGGAGGAGGUGGGCCCCGACAUUGAGCCGCGCCACAUCGUGGUGUCCUGCGCAGCCGGCGUUACAAUCAGUUCCAUCGAGAAGAAACUCUCUACCUUCUGCCCCACACCAAAAGUGAUCAGGUGCAUGACCAACACUCCUGUGAUUGUCCGGGAAGGUGCUACUGUCUAUGCCACUGGGACUCAUGCGGACGUGGAGGAUGGGAAGCUCUUGGAACAACUGAUGGCCAGCGUAGGCUUCUGCACUGAGGUGGAAGAGGACCUGAUAGAUGCUGUAACAGGGCUCAGUGGCAGUGGCCCUGCGUAUGCAUUCACUGCACUGGAUGCUCUGGCAGAUGGGGGAGUGAAAAUGGGACUUCCCCGAAGGCUGGCUGUCCGACUUGGAGCACAGGCUUUGCUGGGUGCUGCCAAAAUGCUGUUAGAGUCUGAGCAGCAUCCUGGUCAGCUGAAGGACAAUGUCUGCUCACCUGGAGGAGCCACCAUCCAUGCCCUGCACUUCCUGGAGAGUGGUGGUUUUCGCUCACUCCUAAUCAAUGCUGUGGAGGCUUCCUGCAUUCGGACAAGGGAGCUGCAGCAUGUGGCAGAUCAGGAGAAGAUCUCCCCAGCAGCCAUCAAGAAGACUUUAUUGGAUAAAGUGAAGAUGGAGUCUCCUUCUCUGUCCAGCAAAGUCAGCCUGUUCAACAAUAAGAGCCCAAGCAGCAAGAAGAAUUGA